AUAUUUUGUUGAAACUUUAGUGCGCUGCCAAAUUCCAAGUCACUCUUCUUUGGCCAAGAGCUCGAGAUUUCUUCCCAUUCUUUUGAGUUUUCCGUUCUUUUGCGCAGAGAGGAUGGACCAGGACAAGUCGAGUAGCAACAGCUCGUUCGAGGACCUCACCAGCACAGCGGCGGAGCUGGACAAGAUGCCCGAGAAAGCGGAGGAGAAGGAAGAUGAUGUGAUGGACAUUCUCGGCAAUGGGCAACUGACCAAGAGGAUUCUGGUGAAGGGCCGCGAAGAGCAGAAGCCACUGACUGGGGAUGUGUGCAGAAUCGUAUUCGAGGGCCGGCUGGAGGACGGAACACUGGUGGAGAAAGAGGAAGACUUCCUGAUCAACGUGGGUGAGCAUGAGGUUUGUCAGGGUCUGGACAUGACACUAGCCCUCAUGUAUCCUGGCGAGAAGGCAGAAGUCGUGGUGAGUCCACGCUUCGCUUAUGGAUCCAUGGGACUGAAAAACGAGAAGGAUCCCUCAAGAAACAUCCCACCAGACUCAAAGAUCAUCUACACAGUGGAACUCCUCACAAGUGAGCCUGAAGACGAAUCCCAGACCAAGACAUUCGAGAAUCGCAAGAAAAUCGGGACUCGCAAGAGAGAACGUGGGAACUUUUGGUUUAACCGAACUGAGUACAACAUCGCUAUCCAACUGUAUCGACGCGCCCUUGAGUACUUGGACGACACCGAGGGCGCCCCUGAGACCAGUCUGGAGUCUUUCACAACUCAACAACUGCAGGAAUUGCUGGAGUUGCGGAUCUUCGUGUUCAACAACCUGGCAGCGGCUCAAACGAAGAUUCAGGCCUACGACACAGCUCUCAAGUCCAUUGAGAAUGUCCUGCGCGUGCAGCCGGACAACGUGAAGGCGCUGUACCGAAAGGGGAAAAUCCUCGAGGCGCAGGGCGACACGAACGGAGCCAUUGCCAUCUUCCAGCGUGCGGCGACACUCGAUCCGGAGAACAAGUCCUUCCAGACGGAAUUGGGCAAGUUGAUCCUGAAGCGCACGCGCGAAGUGCGCAACGAGAAGGAUCUGUACCAAAAGAUGCUGGGACAUGCGCAGAAGCUGGAGCAGAAGGACAAGCGGAAGAGCACGUGCACGGUGGCCAACUGGCGGCCGUGGGGCCUCCUCUUGGGCACAGUGCUGGUGGGAGUCGCCGGGGUGGCAAUGUACAGAUACAAGUACUUCUAAUGCGCUCACCCGGGAAUCUCCAGAACCUUAUUUUUUACUUUCUCUAUCUGUCCGGACACCGUUUUGUUACUCAAACUGGCUGAAGAGCUUCUCCGGAAUCACUGAAAGUGACUUAGGUGCGUUGUUUUAUUAUUUUACUAUAUCUUUCGUCACUCUUUUCUCCAUUCCACAAUGCAGAGUGCAUUUAGAUGAUGGUAGAGGAAAUGUAAAUAUAUUUAAAAUAAAUAUUCUGAUGGAA